UUUUCUCUUCUUCACAGUUUCAUGUUAUUUUUUUAUUGUCGUUUUCAUUUGUUUUUUGCUUUUUCUUUGUUUCUUUUAAUGUUGUUCUUUAAUUGGUGAUUAUAUUUUUGUCAUAUUUAAUGGAAGAUAAUCUAGAAGAUUAUUUUGAUUUACUGUUAAAUCAAUUGGAAUAUGAGUUAUCCCAUCUACCAGAAUCCAAUAAUUUUAUCACUUCUCUUUCAUGUUCACCAAAUAAAAACAUAACAACAACAACAUCUUCAUCAUCAUCAAGAACAACAACAACAACAACUGUUACCAACAAUGAGAAUUUCAAUAGUAACAAUGGUAACCUGAUUGACAAUGAUUCUAUUAUAAUUGAUGAUGAUAAUGAGGUUAAUUGUAAUAGCCAGGAUAGUUUAAUUAACACUUAUCAAUCAUUUGAUAAUAUUUUCACUUCUCAAUAUCAAACAGAAAACCAUUUGAAUAAUAAUCAUCACCAUUUUGUAAACAACAACAACAAUUCAAUUACUUCAACCAUUGAAAACAAUGAUGAUAAUCAAAUUGGUGAUGAUGAAGCAGACCAUAUGAAUUAUUCUGAGAGUACAAUCAAUGAUACAAUCAGUGAUCAACAAUUUAAAGGUGAUAAAUUAACACCAACAACAAUUAUUACAACAAAUAACAUCAUCAUCCCAUCAUCUUUAACAACCGACACAAUUACAACCACAACUACAACAACAACCUCCACACUGGCCAGUAAUAGUUAUUCAUCUGUAUCACAUUUAACCAAAUUUAAUCAACAACGAGAAUCAUCAUUAUCAUUAAAAAAUUAUAAUCGAUCCUCUUUCUAUGAAAAUAAUGAUGAGAUUUCAUAUAAUCUAUUGACAGCAUCACAAAUUCAAAGAAUCAUUGAUCAUUACAAACUCUUGGUUAACGAUCACCAUGAGGAGCCUAUGGAAGUCAAAUGGGACCGGAAAGGCAAAAAAACCAAUGGAUCCAAUGGUGGAACCGAUAAUCUAACCAAUAGUAAUUUAUUUGGUUGCGAUGUUAAUGAAAUUGAGAAAGCUAAUGGUGGAUUAAUAUUACCGCCUUUUAUUGAGAAUGCGUUACUUUAUCUACUUCGAUAUGGAAUCAAUUCAGUUGGGAUUUUCCGUAAAUCGGGAGUUAAAUCACGAAUUAUGUCGUUAAGGCAAAAAUUAGAAGCCAUGACUGGAUCUAAAUCAAAAGAAUCAACAAUCAACAGGCCAACAGAUUAUCAAAACAAUGGUAUUAAUGGUAAUACAAUCAACGGUGGGAAUGGUUUUAGUGUCGCUGGUGUAACAACUUUGCCUCGAACUGGCCUGAAUAAUGGAUCAAGAGAUUUGUAUUCUAUGGGAUUAGGAACAGAAAGUGGAUCUUCAACCAUUAAAUAUCGUUUAUCCUCAUCUUAUGCUCCCGGUGAAGAGUUUUGUGUGUACGAUGUUGCCGAUAUGGUGAAAAUGUGGCUACGUGAGAUCAAACCUCGUCCCUUGAUUACCAAAGAAGUGAUCGCCGCUUAUAAAGAGAUGAUGUCAAGUAUUAAUAAUAAUGUUGAAAAUUCGAGCAAUACCAAUGGUCAUGGUAACACUUCGUCCAAUAGUCCGUCACCUAUUGACCUUAGUCUGAAAUUAACCGUCCUUUUAACCGAUUCCCAAAGAGCUUUAUUAGAGAUUUUUUUACAUUUUUUAUCUCUUUUUGCUGCUAAUUGUGAAGUUAAUCAAAUGAGCUCACAAAAUUUAGCAAUUUGCUUCACUCCAUCUCUAUGUGAAUGUAGUGCACUUACCGGAACCGGAACAAAUUCAGGAGGUGGGACAAAUACAAUAAAUAACAAUUUAAAUGGUAUUUCCAAUAAUAAUAAUCAUCUGAAUGGUAAUCACAAUAUAAAUAAUAAUAAUGGUCUUCCAUUUGGUCAAGAUAAUAAUAAUGGUUUCCAUGUUAAUGGUGGAUCAUCUUUACCUAGAUCAGCUGAUACAGAGAUAAUCUUUGAUGCCCAGAAAUGCCUUCAAUAUUUAAUUGAAAAUUGUUCAGCUAUUUCCAUGAUUCCAUCAAGUUCAUUACCAUUUCCACCCUCACCAAGCAUGAUAACUUUAACUGGAAACACCAAUAAUAUUAAUAAGAAACCUGGUAAAACAACAACACCCAAAAAAACAGGAUCGGGUUACCAAACGAUGGAUCAAUCUAUGGAUAUUUCAUCGGAUGAUGUUGACCAUUUAAGCUCACUGAUGCCUUCCCUUUCCUUGACCAAUGGUGGAUAUUUAACCUCUACUAAUGGUGCUAAUGAUGAUCGAUUCCAAACCAAAUCACCGUCCAAUUCAAAUUUAAUCAAUGGAGGUCAUUUAUUACCCUCAACUUACGAGUCGAGUAUAACAAUUAACGCAGCUCCAAUUGAUAUAUUGAAACGAAUUCUUUAUCAGCGUAAUUUAUUUGAUCCAAGUGUCGUCGAAUGGAGGAUAAUUAAACAAACACCGAGUGAAAACUCUGAUACCUAUGAAUUUAAAGUUCAAUCGAGUUUCUUUCUUCCCCUGAAAACAUUUACCAUCCAAAGAAAAUGGAGUUUCAUUGAAAAUCAAUCUCUAAUUGAUAAUCCAACCUCAUCAUCUACACUUUACAAUACAUCAUCAUCAACAACAACAUCGCCAUCCUCAUCUUCAAGAUCAUUUUAUUCAUCACUACGAAAACCUAAACCAAACAAGAAUACGUUCAAAGGGAUCAUCCUAAGAGAAACAGGGUAUCUCUAUGAUUCAUGGUGGAAAAUAGGAACUUCUGGUGAAGGAAAAUGUCAACUAGAUAUUUCCAUUGCCGUAGAUCUCAGGGGACAUUCAUUUUAUUGGUACACCAACACAUUCCCAGCAAUAAUAGAUUGGCAAUUGUAUCAAAUCAAACAAUCAUUCCUAGUGGAUUUCAUUGAGACCAAAAAUUUUAAAUCAACCAACGUUUAAAUGCUGAAAGACAAUUUGAUUUACAAAUUAACUUUACAAUCAAAUUCAAAUUCAUAGUCUCUCUCCUUCAAUUUGUCAACUCUAACUGGCCUUUCUCUCUCUCUCUCUCUCUCACCUCUUCUCUGUCCAUCCAUCAUCAUCAUCAUCUCAUCCUUAUUCUUCCAAUUAUCUUCAUCCCUAUUUCUUUUUUUUUCAUUUAUCUCUCUCAAUCCAUUUCUCUUUAAACUCUGUCUAUUUUGUCUGUCUCCAUUUUGGUUAAACCGAAAUCACUUCAAUAAAACUUAAAUUGAUUAUUUAUCAUAA